AUGUUUGUCCCUGUGGACGAUACUUUCUUGUACUUCGCGUAUGGAAGUAAUUUAUUAAAAAAACGAAUUCAUAUUAAUAAUCCCUCUGCGGAGUUUCUUGGUAUAGGAAGACUUGAUAAUCAUCAGCUUGAUUUUAUGAAGUACAGUGAACACUGGCGCGGGACAUCCGCAACUAUUGUCCCUACAAAUGACUGCUACAUUUGGGGUGCUGUCUGGAGACUCCAGAACAAGGAUAUGCCAUCGUUGGAUUGGCAGGAAGGUGUUGAAACCAACUGGUAUUUUCCCAAAACUGUUGACAUAGUAACAACCGAUGGUACAGUUGUCCAGUGUAGAACGUAUCAGCAAACUGUGAAUCCACCUCCGCGAAACGAAGACGAUAUUAUCCCUGAAGAACAAAGGCCAUCAUCUACAUAUCUAGAUUGUAUACUUAAAGGUGCUGAAGAAUGCAAUCUACCUAAAGAGUAUGUGUUAAAAUUGCAUAAAAUACCACAUAAUGGACAAAAAGCAUCACCAAAAAUGAUUGAGAAGUUAAAUAUGAUGUAA